AGGUGGGUCCAAAUCAUUAUCUAAGCUUUUAAUUCCACAAUAGAAAUUGUUUUCACAUGGAGUAGCAGCAGGAGCCAUCCCCGCCGAACAUGAACACCAAUGUUGUCGUGAUCAUAGAAUCAUAAAUUUUCCCCCCAAAACCUGCUCAAAGACUCGAGAGACAUUCAAUGUGAACCAACCUGCUUCUUCCUGUCAGCAACUCAUAAAGUUAAGUCACUUAAUUAUGUCCCCCCUUUCAUAAUGCUAUCUAUCUUUCCACAAACUAACAAAGUCCUAGACUAACAAGUCUUCAAAGAAAGAUCAAAACAACGUGACCAACAACAUUUUACACCAAAGUUUGGUUAUUUAAGAUAAACACUCACAUGGGUGUCUCUCUCUUUCAGCUUCUGUUUGAGAAUCCCUACCCCAAAAUCACCAUGAAUUCUCUCCAUCUCCUCCUUUUUCUGUUUCUAUUUUUUGCAUUUGUCAGUCCUCAGACAGUUCUUGGAAAUGCAGAGCUCAGAGCUCUGAUGGACUUGAAAUCCUCUAUGGAUCCUGAAGGCAAGAUCCUUAGCUCGUGGAUCAGUGAUGGUGAUCCGUGCGGUGGCUUGUUUGAAGGGAUUGCGUGCAACGAGCACCGGAAAGUGGCCAACAUCUCCUUGCAGGGAAAGGGUCUUUCAGGUUGGCUCUCUCCAGCUGUGGCUGAGCUUAGAUGCUUGACAGGGUUAUACUUGCACUACAACAAUCUUUCUGGGGAGAUACCUCCACACAUUUCAAAUCUCACUGAUCUGGUUGAUCUCUAUCUUGAUGUCAAUAGUCUAUCUGGAACCAUUCCUACUGAAGUCGGUAACAUGGUUAGUCUCCAAGUACUCCAGUUGGGUGAUAACCAGUUGGUGGGGAAUAUACCUACACAGAUGGGUUCCUUGAAGCAGCUCAGUACACUUGCUUUGCAAUAUAACAAGUUGAGUGGUCAAAUUCCUCUUGGCUUGGGGAACUUGGAGAAGCUAAGCAGGCUAAAUUUGAGCUUCAACAACUUCAGUGGAGCGAUUCCCGCAACACUAGCCCAUGUUGCACACUUAGAAGUUCUAGAUAUUCAAAACAAUUCUCUCUCAGGAAUUGUUCCUUCUGCAUUGAAGAGACUUGGAGAAGGAUUCCAAGGAGUAAACAACCCAGGUUUAUGUGGAGAUGGGUUUUCUACUUUGGGAGCUUGCAACAAAGAUCAGGAUUUGAACGUUAACCAUAUUGAUGCAUCAGGCCAAGACCAAGCCAAAAACAGUAAUCCUACAAAGACUCUUCCAGAGCCUGCACAUAUUAAGUUGCACUGUAACCAGACCCAUUGCUCAAAAUCAAGAAGGUUUUCUCAAACUGUCUUCACAGCGAGUGCCAUAGCUAUCAUUCUUACAAUCAUAGGUGCUGGAAUUUAUACAUAUGUUAGAUACCGCCGCCAAAAGCAAAGGAUUGCUUCAAAUUCUUCUGAAGGGAAACUUAGUCCUGAGCAGCCUAAAGAGUUAUACAAAAAAAGUCCAUCUGCACUUGUUAAUCUUGAGUAUUGCAAUGGAUGGUAUCCAAUGCCUGAUGGCCAAGAUGCUGGUGGAGAAUCCAAUGAAUAUCUUAAUGAAUAUAGGUUUAAUGUUGAUGAGGUUGAAUCUGCGACACAGUACCUUUCUGAAGCCAAUUUGUUGAGUAAAAGCAAAUUCUCAGCAGUUUAUAAAGGAGUUAUGAGAGAUGGUUCUCUUGUGGCUAUUAGAAGCAUUAAUGUGACAUGCUGCAAAACAGAGGAGGCUGAAUUUGUGAAGGGGUUGAGCUUAGUAACCUCACUGAGGCAUGAAAACCUUGUCAGGCUCAGAGGUUUCUGUUGCUCAAAGGGUAGAGGUGAAUGUUUCCUUAUCUAUGACUUUGCCACCAUGGGUAACUUGUCUCAAUAUCUUGACAUAGAAGAUGGAAGUGGCCAUCUUCUUGACUGGUCGCAGAGGGUUUCUAUCAUCAAAGGCAUUGCAAAGGGUAUUGGAUAUCUGCACAGUAAUGAAGCGAGCAAACCUACAAUAGUACACCAAAAUAUUUCAGUGGAAAAUGUUCACCUUGACCAUCAAUUUACCCCAUUGAUCAUGGAUGCUGGACUGCCUAAGCUUCUUGCAGAUGAUGUUGUUUUCUCAGCUUUGAAAGUAAGCGCUGCCAUGGGAUACCUCGCUCCGGAAUACAUCACUACUGGACGCUUUACUGAGAAGAGUGACAUAUAUGCAUUUGGUGUUAUUGUUCUUCAAGUUCUAUCUGGCAAGACGGCAAUAGGUGGUUCAAUACGCAUAGCGUUUGAGUCCUCAAGAUUUGAUGAUUCUAUUGACACAAAUCUUAGGGAAAGGUAUUCAAAAUCUGAAGCAGCGGCGCUUUCAAAGCUUGGAGUGCAAUGUAUCCAUGAGGUCCCUGACCAAAGACCAACCAUGGUGGAUGUGAUUCAGGAGCUGAGCGUGUUGCCUACUCACUCAUAAUGACCUACUACUUUCUAUUGGCAUCAAGAGGGGUUGAAACAUUUUCUAAUAGUUAAGUUCAUUCCAUGACUAUCACUGUCAUGAGCAUAUAUAGUCUGCUAAAUUAACUUAUGCCAAUAAUUGUAUACUAUUAUCAUGAACAGCCGGGAUUGCUGAAGGAUAUUCUUUUACUGUAAAUUAAAAGGCUAAGGUGAUGAUUUCAGCAUUGUUGAAUGGCUUGAAUUUUUUAUUUAUAUUGUGCGGAA